AUGGAUUACGUUCAGUUCUCGUCGUCGAUGGGUUCGAGUUCAGCUACUGUUGGUCCUGUUUUUGUCCAGACGGAUACCACCCCUCCUUCGAUGGAGACCGAUUCAGGAACCCCUUAUUCCCUUACUGAUCUGUCAUCGUGCCGUGCCAAUGUCGAGGAACAGCCUGUGUCUAAUGUAGUGUCUCUUUUUGAGAAUUAUCCGUUGUUUUGA